AUGGAUAUUUCAAAAAUUAAUACAGUCGAUGCGUCGGAGCUGGGAGAGAUAGGGAGGAAAGAUGAUAGAGCAGGUGAAAAAAAUAAGAGUGCUCAGGCACAGCAGAAACUCAACGGCCGUGAAGCGGACAUCAAGUCUGCGGGGCACCCUGCGAUGCGACCGGGAACCACCACCCCGGAAGCAUUGCAAGGCCCUGGCCUAGGCGCGUGCGCCACCCGUCCCUGCAAGGGGACAGAUGAGGGAGUUGACUCCGGAGAGCCGAUCCUUAGCGGCAAGGAUCGGCUACUCGAAGUCGAGAAAGGGCGUCGACUGAGCGUGGUGCUAACGCGCUGCGACUCACCCGUCACCACGAGAGCGGCUGGCCAGGAGGAGGAGUCAAUGGACUCAGACUCCUCCUGUGCCAGUAUGGUGACGGUAACGUCGGAGAGGUCGGAUCUAAGACGGCCGUUCCUGAAAAGGAACCUGUCGGACCUCGAACCAGAAGAUGAUUCUGGGGACUCUGUUGGGUCGCCCCUCAAAGGGGCGGCGCACAGGUCCAAGAGGGGGAGAGGGCGCCCGAUAUCAACCGGCAAAUAUGUCGGCCUGGCCGCAGCCAAGGCCGCAUAUAACGCCGAAAUAGCCGAAAGCCUCCGGCUUAUGGCUGAGGUUGAAGUAGCGGACGCGGUUCGAGGCGUAAGGGAGGCUAGGGCCUCUCUACAGCCCAGCCUCCAAUCGGGGGCACAAUCAGCGGAGGAAGCAGAGCAGUCGGGGGCAGCCUUAGCUGGCAUCGUCAAGGCGUCCCUGGACACAAUCCUGAUGGUGGCCAGUAAGUCCUCGCAGCUGAAGGGGACCUACGUCCGGGCUCUAAAGGACGCUGUAAAAGGCAUCCAGGAGGCGGUGUCGCUUAUUAGAGCUCGGACCACGUCUGAAGAGGUCUUACGGCUGGAAGCUGCCAAUGACCAGCUGUCGAGAGAAGUGGCUGUUCUGCGCAGAGACCUGCAGGAAUUGCGGCAGCGGCCAAGCCAGUCCCAGGAACCGGACCUGAGACAGAUGCUGGAGGAGUCAGCACGAGCCAACGCCGAAAUGUUUGGCCGUAUGCUCAACGCGCGGCUGGCCGGCAUCGAGGACCGACUUCUCCCCGAACCACGCCGACGGCCCCCGCUUGCAGCGGACGCCAGAGCUGCUAAGGGCAACCCUGCUCCCAUGGAGCCAGCAGCGGCUCCAGUCGCGUCUACCAGCAGCGGCACCCCGAUGGCUGGGCCUAGCUCAGGCCAACGGCCAAAAACGGCCAGCAUGAAGGCAGGCAAGGGGGCUGGCAAUAACUGCCAAGGUCCUUCUGACCCCCCUCCUGCGAAAAAGAAGGGGAAGAAGAAGAAAAAGAGCCUGGCGGCUAAGGAGGCCGCGGAAGCACGAGCUCCGGCUGCUCCUGCACCAACGGCGGAGCUGUGGACAGCUGUUGUUGGCCGGAAGGCCAAAAACAAGGCGGCCAAAGCAGCCAAAGAGGCUCCAAAGCCCCGGCCCACGGCCCAGAAGAAGGUCGUUCUCCGGACACCUAGAACAGCGGCAGUGACGCUGACCUUGGUGCCCGGAGUCGAAGAAAGAGGAGUGACGUAUGCGUCCAUUCUGUCUGAUGCCAGGCAGCGCGUUUCUCUCGCGGACCUCGGCAUCGACAAUGUGAGGUUCCGCAGAGCAGCGACGGGGGCGCGCCUGCUCGAAAUCGGGGGGGAAGACUCGGCGGCGAAGGCGGAUUCACUCGCCAAAAAGCUGAGGGAGGCCCUCAGCCCCGAGGCGGUCAGGGUCGUCCGCCCAGUGAAGUGCGCGGAAAUCCGCGUCACUGGGCUGGACGACUCGGCUGACGCCAUGGAAGUGGUCGAAGCGGUGGCCAGGGAAGGCGGAUGCUCGGCCGAGGAAGUUAAGCACGGGAGAAUAGUCGUCGGCCCAAGAGGGGAUGGAUCCCUAUGGCUUAGCUGCCCAGUCGCGGCCGCCAAAAAGGUGACCGACUCUGGCCGGGUACUGGUCGGGUGGACCUCGGCUAGGGUGAGGCUCCUCGGCUCCAGACCAACGCGGUGCUACCGCUGUCUGGAGCCAGGCCACUUGGGGGUGAAGUGUGUCUGCGAGGUUGACCGCAGCAAGCUGUGCUUCCGCUGCGGCCAACCGGGCCACAAAGCGCAGGACUGUGCGGCCGAGCCCAACUGUUCCAUUUGUGCGGCGGCGGGCAAACCGGCGGCUCAUCUUAUCGGCGGCGGCGGAUGCAUUUCCGCUGCCAAAAAGCCGAUGACUAAGGCCCCAAAGAAGGCCAAACGGAAGCCCAAAGCCAAAAAGGCUAGGGAGGAGCGGAUGGACACCAAUUCGUAA